GCUUUUCGAGAGGGAACCGCGUGUGUGGGUCGUCUUCACCGUUGGUGCGCCGUCCGUCUCACCAGAGACCGAGAGAAGACUACGCUGAAUGAUUCGGAGACUCUGAGUGCGGUGACGGCAAUCGUCGGUUGAAAUAAUUUUCUCAAGUCCGAACGCCGGACUCCGGUCGCGACCAUCGAACCGAGAAAGUCCGGCUACGUUUGUGUGCUUCCAGGAUGGACGUCGUAGCUUCGUACCUGGGCUGCACGGCAGCGGCACUGCGCCUUCUACUCGGUGUCCUUUGUGGUUACCCGUUGGCUAUUGUAUACCGCAGAUACAUCUCUACUCGUAAACCAGUCGUCCAACACGCGUUUUUCACGGUGACGGGCCUCGCCUUGAUUAUAUCGAAUUAUGGCUGGGACACAAUCCAUUCCCUGGCAAAUAUUUCCGUCGUCUACGUUGUGAUGCUGUUUGCUGGGCGGACGUCAGCUGCGGUUGCCUUCAAUUUCCUAUUCACGCUGGGCUAUCUGCUGGCCGGCUACUAUCUGACAGCCACUGAAAAUUACGACAUCAAAUGGACGAUGCCGCACUGCAUCCUCUGCCUCCGCCUCAUUGGUGUGAGCUUCGAUUACUACGAUGGAGGCGAAAAAGAUCCUAAACUGCCGAUGGACCGUCGCGCAACAGCUUUGAGGGAUCUGCCCACGCCUCUGGAGAUGCUCGGGCAUUCGUACUUCUUCGGCGGUUGCAUGGUCGGACCUCAGUUCCCCAUGAAGCGGUAUCGAGACUUCGUUGAAGGCACUUUGUGGCCCGCUCAGAAGCGCGAGAGCGCAGACAGUGUCCCGUAUUCCGUACAGCGCCUGCUUUUCGGAUUCGCGACGAUGGCGCUGCACCAAGUAGGAAUUAUUUUCGUGAAUGAGAAAGUUCUGCUUUCCGAGGAUUUCCUGAACAGCUGGAGCUUGAUGGCUCGAUGGCUUUUCCUCGGACUCUAUUCGACUGUGAUCCUCCACAAAUAUGUGGCGUGUUGGCUCAUGGCGGAGGGGAGCUGCUCCUUGACCGGUCUAUCGUACAAUGGGAAGGACGAGCAUGGGAAGAAUCGUUGGGAUGGACUGCGGAACGUUGGCCUAUGGCAGUACGAGACUUCUACGAACUUCGACGGCCUCAUCAGAUCGUUCAACAUAAAUACAAACCGAUGGGUAGCACAAUACGUAUUCAAGCGUCUCAAGUUUUUGGGUAACAAGGAUCUCUCGCAAAUCGGCGCCCUCUUUUUCCUCGCUUUGUGGCAUGGAUUCCACUUCGGGUACUAUGUUUCUUUCGUCAUGGAAUUCUUGGUGAUGAAGUUCGAACGGGACAUGACUUCGAUCAUCGACAUGACGCCUUCAGUCCGAGCCGUCGUAUAUCAUGAGAAGCUGCAAUGGCUCCGUGUAAUUUUCAUGAGAGUUUACGUCUCCUGUUUGAUGGGCUUCUGCAUUAUCCCGUUCACUCUCCUGAAAGUUCAAAAGUUCCAUCGGGCUUACGCCGCGUUCUACUAUUUACCGUCUCUCCUGCUCGCCGCGUGGUUGGUGGCCUCGUUCCGCGUUAUGCCUUCGCUGAGGAAGAGCGCGAAAAAGAACGGAACAGCAGUGGAUGCGGCGAGCACCACCGCGCUAAAGAAGGAUUGAUCAAAUCAUCACCGGAUCGACGCCUCUUCUUCAUUGCGGUCUCCCGCGGUGGUACAUGGCGUUGAUUUUUUCUUGCAUUGGAGCUCCGAUUUUCAUUUGAAGAAGCUGUUUGGGUUCCGGAAGCGCCCCUGUUGUCGUCUCCGAACGUUGGAUAUGCGAUGACGUCGGGACAAAGCGUCUCCACGAUUUUCUUUCGGAUCCCUUCGUGAUUUUGCCUUACGGUGAUCCCAAAUAGGUUGUAAUAUUUUAGUUAGAUGUCGAUUAAGGACACCGUCCGCUUCGACGCCCUCGAAUCAUCAAAGGUCUGACCUGAUGAAGCCGUGCGACAGAUGUUCCACGCCUGGCUCAUGCAAACGUAGAGCGGGGUUCAUCAAAAUCGAGUAACUAGGCUCAUCUGCUUCGGCGCGACCUCGGCAGAGAUUACGCGUAGACCGAUACGGAUGCCUUGAUCGAGUAUUUGGUGAUUUCUCUGAUAUGUGUAUCCCUCGGGGGAGCCCCCCGUUAUCUGCAAAAGCCGCAGCGACUUCGUGGAGGCAUGCCUUUGUGGAUCGCGUAUCAUCGCGAACCGGAUCCAUUUUCCUCGGUGCGUCACACGAAGCCCGCAGCUCAAUAGAUACAAGAAACGACGACACCCGAAUUUCCCGAAGCCGAUCUGCCGUAAGCUACGGACCUGAACGUUCCCGGGAUCGACUUGAGGAUACGUACACCCUCAGGCAAAUUUACGGGAAGGAAAAAUCUAGGUAGGCUGCUCCCAUAGAAAACACCCGAAGGCAAACGAUUUGAUUGCCUGCCGCGAUUCCUCGCGCCUACAUGGAGUGGAGAUCUGUUUUUUACGUCCCCCAUAGAUCUCUCUUGCGACGGACACUUUGGCGGGCCAAGCCCGAGUCCAACCUAAUCCCGAUGCGGCUCAUUAGGGGUCGCGACACCUCCGAACUGAAUUAGGGUGCUUAAUAGGCGCGAGCGAGAUUCUCCUUCUAGAGAGAAGGUCCCUCUGUCGUCUCUGUAAAAUAAUGAGCUGGUCGCUUGCCGACGAUUUGUCCUUCUCCUGAUCAGGAUUGUUGACGCUUUCUAGAUUUUCGCACUGUUUCAAACGGCUACGACUUCGCGCUCGUCGACGAAGGGCAAUCAUGGUUAAGGCGGAAUUUUCGUACCAGUAUGUCUUGACGCAAAUACGAUACGAAGAAAAUAUAAAAUUGGGCGGGAAAUGAUGCAGGGAGAGCGGGCCGAUGCUCACAGCGUACCAAGGGAAGAGCUACUUGUUCACCGCAGCCUACCCAUGUCAUGCUUCCAUGACACGAUUCAAUACGUUCCGCGCGGUCAAGUUUCGCCUUCGCAUAAAAUUCAGGGUAGCGGAGCAGUCCGUGGCGAUUAUGGCUGGAGUGGAAACUUCCCAAGAUAUUGCUCGAUCAUGAUUCCCUUGACUAUGUAAGGCAUCGAAUCCAAAAAGAUAAUCAAUGUUUAGAGUGCGUUCUUGUGUGGGGGUCGGAAGCCUCGAACGGAGAAGCCCGUCAAAUGGGAAAUAAGUAAAGAAGCGCGCACAGCUCGACAGCUCCAGUCCGGUACUUGCGAUCUGUUAAUAAAUAUGUUUAUAUA